AUGCGUGAUGGAUACCAGAGCAAUCUUCACAUUACCAAGCCAGGCAACUCGACUGGGGCAAAUCCCGUGGUCGUUCUUAUAUUCGGCGGAGCUUUUGUGAUGGGCACAAACAUACAAUCGAUUAUCUGGGCCCGCACGGUCGCAGCUUUGUAUGGUGCUACUGUGGUUCAACCCUCAUAUCGCCUAGCACCGGAGCACAAAUUCCCGACAGCCCCGAAUGACAUAUGGGACAGUGUGCAGUGGAUCGCUGCCAACGAGUCGGCGCUUGAUGCAGACCUAACGAAAGGAUUUGUCAUCGGCGGUGGAUCAGCAGGCGGAAACCUUUCCAUUGUCACAGCACAUCGUGCAGUGAAAGAGAAGCUGUCUCCGCCUAUCACGGGUGUUUUGGCUAGUAUCCCAGUAUGUAUGAGCCAGGAGACUGUGCCGGAGAAAUACAAGCACCUUUGGGUAUCUCGUGGGCAAAAUGGAAAUGCUCCUGGAAAUCCCGGUCUGGAUUCGAAGUCGAUUGGAGGAUAUGAGGCUCUCUACCAGCAGGAUUUCUUGUCCGAGGACUUUUCGCCCUUUUGCUCGAUAGUACCAUUCUCUGCCAUCCCACGAACGUAUGUUCAGGUCGCAGGGCUGGAUAUUCUCCGCGAUGACGGCAUUGUGUAUGCAAAGGUUCUGGAGGACAAUGGCGUUGAGGUGAAGUUGGAUGCUUAUCCUGGCAUGCCACACGGUCAUUUUAAUUUAUGGCCACAUUUGAAGCAGUCAAUCAAGUCUCAAGAGGAUACUGUCUGGCAUUUUGGAUGGCUUCUGGGUUGUCAGGUGCCCAGGGAAAAGGUGGAAGAAAUUGUAGCUAUGACUCGGAUAUGA